AUGAUCGUGACACAACUUUCAGUACGACAUGGGGAAGAGGAACAUGGGGCCACACAAGGCCCAUCCACCCCUGUAGUGUACAAGCUCCAGCCAAGAACCCCGGCUCCUACAACUGCAUCCGGCAUGUCUCUUAGUAUCACCAUCUCCAUAUCUUUGUUGUCUGCCUUUGUCUUGAUGAUCACUGUCCUGACCAUCCACCGACACUGUGGCAAACACACAGAGGGUGCAUACAUGUCAAAAGUCCCGAGGAAAUCAGAAACCAAAUGUGUCAUUGAUGAUAAAAACAUCAUCGAGUUGACUUCAGUCUAUCACAGCCAGCAUCUCAACACCAAUCAACCUGAUGCGCUUUACCAGUGCCUGAACCCCAACACCAACCAACCUGAUGUGCUUUACCAGAGCCUGAACCCCAACACCAAUCAACCUGAUGCACUUUACCAAAGCCUGAACCCCAACACCAAUCAACCUGAUGCACUUUACCAGAGCCUGAACCCCAACACCAACCAACCUGAUCCACUUUACCAGAGCCUGAAUUCCAACACCACUGAAUGCAAUGCACUCUACCAGACUCUGAACCCCAACACCACCCAACCUGAUGGACUUUACCAGAGCCUCCUCCCCAACACCAUCCAGUGUGAUUCACUUUACCAGAGCCUGAUCCCCAACUCCACCCAGCCCAAAGCAGUUUACCAAACCCUGGUCCACAACCCUGACCAGAGAGAUUCAACCUACCAGAGUCUGAACCCCAACAAAACCCAAUGCAACCCUAUUUAUCUAAACCAGUAGCUCUGGCAUGACGUAGCUUUCAACAGAGAAAAGCCUUUCUGGCUUGAGGGUUGUUAGCCAAGCCACUGCACAGCGCAUGGUUCACCUUGUCUUCCAUUCACCUUGGGAGUUAGGCUAGGCCC